AUACGAUCCACCCACUGGACCGGUUUGUUUUUAACAUUGCGGAAGGGACGGUAACGAACAGGUCACUCGAUUGCCCAAACUGUCGUGUCGAGCAUGAAUUGUUUUAUGUGUGCGUUUGUACACAACAAUGGGAUCCGGUUUUUGUUGUAACCGCAAUCAUGUCCUCUGCCGGACACAAACAUUCCUAUCAAGCGUCAGAAGUAGAGAGAAAGGGAGAUGGAGAUGGAGCGUGAACAUGAGAGAAAAAACAAACUAUUAUCGCGAAGAUGAUCCUCGGCCCGAUGUAGUGUGAAGCGGUUCUUUUCUUUUGGUGAUUAUUCUUUUGUCCGGUUCUCCCCUCCGGUCAUCUCACUUUCCUCACGUAGCGUGUGUGUGUGUAUGCGUGUGUACGUAUUGUGCGUUUGGGGGCUUUUGCGAAGGUAUCCGCAGAUCUUCGAUCAUGCGAUUCAUUUCGUUCAGUGUAGAAUUGACCGUGAAGCUGAGCAAAAGUUCUUAGAAACAUUGGGACGUAGAGAGGGUGAGAUAGUGCGUGUGUGUGUGUGAGAGAGAGAUAGGGUGCGUGAGACAAGUGUUUUGGUUGGUGACAAGGUGUCUCCGGACGCUGGGUGCGUUUCCCGUCAGCUGGCCUCGUAGCAUUACGAUCGUUUGUGGUUACCAGCUGCGAGACGUUCUGAUAUGCGGUUCGAAUGUGCACUUCCCAAACACUGGUGGCCGGUGUUAUCAUUGGCCACCCUGUCACUUGUUAGCUGCGUCGUAGAGGAGCUGUACGAGAACGAUAAAUGCAAACUGCACACCGGUGAGGAAGGCAUCUGCCGACGAGCGUCUGGCUGUGCCUGGUUACGUCCUGCCCUGCGCGCACACGAGAUCACCUACCAGCAGCUAGUAAACUGUGGUUUCGAACGCGACGAACCAAUCAUCUGCUGCCGCACUGCUGACGGUCCCACCAAAUCGAACCGGGUUGGCGUGCGGGCAUCGGUGAAGGCCUGCGCAACGUACGAUGGUAAGCGGUCCCAGCUCUCGUACCAUAUCGUCGGUGGAAGCGAAAUCGAUAGCGGCGAGGUGCCAUUUAUCGGUGCGCUAGGAUACCGUGCAGAGAAUGGACCAUCAGGUGACGGUGCGGCAUACACGUGGGCGUGCGGCAGUAGCCUGAUCACGCCCCGGUUUUUGGUGACGGCAGCGCACUGCAACAGUACACCGUACGGUGUGCCGUUGGUGGUCCGUAUGGGGACAGGCAAUCUCCUAUCGCCCCCACAUCCAGACGACGUACAGGAUCGCCCCAUUAAGAAUAUAAUCGUGCAUCCGAAGUACAAAACAAGCCAGAAGUACGAUGACAUUGCACUGCUCGAGGUAGCAAACCAGUUUAUGUUCGAUUCUGUACUGCAACCGACCUGUCUCCAUGUGGAGGACUCCGAUCUGGAUGCUGCGACCAUGCUGCAUGCGGCCGGUUGGGGUUUUACCGGCGACAUUUACUCACCGGAAGCGUUGCUACGGACGAACCUGAGCACCGUACCGGUGGAGGAAUGUAACAAGGCGUACGUCACGUUCAAAGCCCGCAUCAAGGAUGGUAUACGACCGUCACAGUACUGUGCCCGGGGCUCGCAGCAGCUGGUUGGCGGCGUUCCACUGUACAGUGAUACGUGCGAGGGUGACUCCGGUGGCCCGCUGUACUAUGUGGCCGGCGGUGAGGAUGCACCGAAGUACUAUCUGCUCGGUGUUACCUCGUUCGGGGCCGGCUGUGGAUCAUCAAAUCCAUCCGUGUAUACGCGCAUCUCCUACUACAUGGACUGGAUCGAAUCGCACGUAUGGCCACCAAGCUCACAGGAUGUGGAGGAUGUGGCGUGGUACGCGCCUGGAAUGCGACAAAUUACGGCUACACUUCUGCUGCUGGUUGCCGCCACCGGCGGUGCCCACUGUCAGAUGCUUUACGAGGGAGAUAGAUGCGAGUUGCGCGAUGGUACUGCCGGUGUCUGUACUGAUGCGACCGCCUGUCCCUGGUUUCUGGAGGAGAUCGUCAAGAAACGCCGCUUUGCCGAACGUGUAUCGUGCGGUUUCGAUGGAUUGGUCGAGGUGAUAUGUUGCAAAACGAACGGUACUGCCGGUGCCCGACCGUCCGGUGUACGAUCCCGGCUGGCAUGUGAACAGGUGCCGAAGUAUACGUCCCGCCUUACCUUCCACAUCAUCGACGGCGAGGAGGCAAGCGAGGGUGAGUUCCCAUUUAUGGCGGCGCUCGGUUACCCCACGGAUGAGGAAACCCAAACCGUAAGCUAUCGGUGUGGAGCAAGUCUCAUAUCCGGCGACUUUCUACUAACUGCUGCACACUGCAUACCGACGAACGAUCGACCGACGGUAGCCAUUCUCGGUACGAACAAUCUUGCCCCCGGUAACCAUGGCGUUGUGGUUGGAAUAAAGGCAUUCUUUCCACAUCCAGAUUAUCGGACCAACCGUAACUAUCAUGACAUUGCUCUAAUUCAGCUUGAAAGACGGAUCGAAAACGAACCAGACGUGAAUCCAAUAUGUCUGCACGAUGAUCUAGCGGAUCUGCCCGAAGAAACGGUACUCACCGCGGAAGGAUAUGGCAUCAUCGAUCUGGACCGUAACAUUCGAUCGAAUCAGCUGAUGAAGGUAAACCUUACAACGGUUGCGUGGCCAAAGUGUAAUCAAAGCUUUGCCGAUAGCAAUCUGCUAAAGAACAAUCGGAAACUACCGCAGGGUAUCGUUGCAACGCAGUACUGCGCAACCGGACGCGAAAACGAAGAAACCAAGGUGGUAGGCGACACGUGCCAGGGCGAUUCUGGUGGGCCGUUGCAAAUUCUGGACGAUGGUAAAUACAAGCUCAUCGGUGUUACCUCGUUCGGUAACGGAUGCGGCAGUAAUACGCCUAGCGUCUCCACCCGUGUCGCAGCCUACAUCGACUGGAUCGAGAGUAUUGUGUGGGCUUAAGACGUUGCUGGUACGGUCGGUACACAUGAUCCGUAUAUAGAUUUCUUUGGUUUGACCGCGAGCCAUGGUUAUAGGUUUAAGAGAAAACAAAAGGCAAAAAGACAUUUAGAAAGACAGAGAGACAUAGAGAGAAAGAGAGAGAAAGAGGGAGAGAGCGAGUGUAUGACAUUCAAGAUGAUCGUAUAGACCAGGGGCCUCCAAACUUUUUAAUAUGGCGGCCCGCUUAAAGUGGAAUAGCCACUGCUGAGGGCCAAUUUCGGUAUCUCUCGCGAGGGUCUCGCGGGCCAUAGUUUGGAGACCCCUGGUGUAGACAUUUGUUUAAAAAAAAGUUACACUACAGAAGGCUUCGAUCACCGCAACAGAUUGUCACAUUAAAUAGGCAUUAAACAGUCAAUACUCAACAAUGCAGCCUGUCACGAAGGUGUAGCUUUGGUACGUGCAGCAACAUACUUAACCCCUUCCAUACGGUGCUGCACUUUUACACUAUAGAAGCAUAUAAAACAAACAAAAAAACAUAGCACAAACGGAA